AUGAAGAAUGGCCCUAAGCUUACUCAUGAACAACAACUAAGUUUUAUUGCAGAAGUGACAGAAGAUGAAGUAUAUAAGGGACUAUGUGCUAUACAAGAGGAUAAAGCUCCUGGAGAUGAUGGAUAUAAUUCAUGUUUCUUCGAGAAAGCAUGGCCUAUAUUGAAGCAGGAGAUUGUGCAAGCAGUGCAGAAGUUCUUUAUCACAGGAAGAAUGUACAAAGAAUGGAUAUUCUUGGAACAAGUAAUGAUUGAGUUGGGAUUCCCUAGUAAAUUUCAACAAUGGGUGCUGGCCUGUAUGAAGACUGUGACCUAUUCAAUUAUCAUCAAUGGAGAACCUACUGAGCCAUUCCAGUCUGCAAAGGGAUUGAGACAGGGAGACCCUAUGUCUCCUUUCCUCUUUGUAAUUGCUAUGGAAUACUUGAGUAGAGGCUUGAAUGGAUUGAAGAAAGAAAGGGAAUUCAAAUAUCACCCAAGGUGUGCUAAGCUAGGCAUAACUCAUCUGAGUUUUGCAGAUGAUCUGCUGCUCUUUGCAAGGGGUGACUUGGCCUCAAUCACUCAGUUACAACAUUGCCUUAACCAGUUUUAUGCAGCUUCAAGAUUGAAAGAUAACCACGAAAAGAGUUCAAUCUUCUUUGGUGGUGUUGAUCAGUUGGCAAGUGAAGAGAUAGUGCAGAAAUUUGGUUACUCUAGAGGUAAAUUACCAGUUAAGUACCUAGGAGUACCAUUAACCACUAAGAAGAUGUCCAUAGCCCAGUGGCAACCACUUAUAGAGAAGAUGGUGGCAAGAAUUUCUUCAUGGACAGCUAAAAAACUCUCAUAUGCUGGAAGAAUUCAAUUAGUGCAAUAUGUUGUAUUUGGUAUCCAGGCUUAUUGGUCUCAAUUGUUUCUGAUUCCUAGCAAGGUCUUGAAGACUAUUGAAGCAUACUGCAGAAGCUAUAUGUGGUCAGGAGUCGAUGUCAUUACUAGAAGAUCUCUGGUAGCAUGGGAUAAAAUGUGUACCCCCAAAAGUACUGGGGGACUAAACCUAAUCAAUCUCAAACUAUGGAAUAAAGCAGCAGCAGCAAAGAACUACUGGGAUCUAGCAAACAAGGGGGAUAAGAUAUGGAUCAAAUGGAUACAUGCAUACUAUAUAAAAGGCCAACAGUUAUCUAAUAUGCCAAUACCAAAACAGGCUUCCUGGUUAGUUAGAAAGAUGGUGGAGGCAAGAAGCUCAGUGGCAACAAUUCAAAUUCAGCUAAGGAAGAAUAGCAGCAUGAUCAGAGAACUAUAUCUGGCUAUGAUGGGGCAAUUGCCAAGAGUAGAAUGGAAGAUGUUCAUGUUUGAAAAUGAAGCAAGGGCAAAAGCUAAAUUCACAAUGUGGCUGUAUUUCAAAGACAUGAUGCUAACUAGUGACAGAUUAAACAAAUGGGGGAUGCAGGUGGACAGGGAAUGCAGUCUAUGUAGAGUACAUGAUGAGAACAGGAAGCAUAUCUUUAUUGAAUGUGAGUAUACUAAGAGUAUUUGGACAAAACUACUAAAAUGGAUGCAGAGGCAACCAAGCUGGGCAACCUCAUGGGACCAACACUGGAAAUGGGCAGCAGAGAAUGCAAAAGGGAAAUCAAGUAAGGCAAGAGUAUUCAGGAUGGUAUAUGCAGAAGCAAUUCAUGAGAUAUGGAUUGAGAGAAAUCAUAGGAUAUUUGAAAAGCAAAGAAGGAAAGAUGAAGAGUUAGCUAGGAACAUAGCAUGCAUAUGUAAUGUUAGAGUAACAAAUUAG